UAUUCUUUUGGGAAACAGAAAGAAAAAGAGUCGUAAUUGUUAUAAAUAAGACGUCAAAAGUGUAGCAUCCUUUUGAUGUAAACAACCCUACGGGGAUUUACUGUGAACAAAGAAGAGCCACUGGAGAUUAAGAAGAAUACAAGAGGAUACAAAGGCUAAUAUAACUGUGUUGGGUUUUUUUUUCUUCGAGGAGGAAAAGAAAAGAGAAAAGAUGGUGGACAUAGACGACACCUUGCAGGAGAUCAAGAACGAGAACGUCGAUCUUGAGCGUAUACCCGUUGAAGAAGUAUUUCUGCAGUUGAAAUGCACCAAGGAAGGGUUGACAACCGAGGAGGGGCUGAAGAGACUGCAAAUCUUUGGCCCAAACAAACUCGAAGAGAAGAGUGAAAGCAAGGUUUUGAAGUUCUUGGGAUUUAUGUGGAAUCCUUUAUCAUGGGUGAUGGAGAUUGCAGCAAUUAUGGCCAUUGCUUUGGCCAAUGGAGGAGGCAAGCCCCCAGAUUGGCAAGAUUUCGUUGGUAUCACGGUUUUGCUUAUUAUCAACUCCACUAUCAGUUUCAUUGAAGAAAACAAUGCAGGCAAUGCAGCAGCGGCACUUAUGGCCGGUCUUGCUCCCAAAACCAAGGUCCUAAGAGAUGGAAAAUGGUGCGAGCAAGAAGCUGCGAUUUUGGUACCAGGAGAUAUCAUCAGCAUCAAGUUGGGAGAUAUCAUCCCAGCAGAUGCACGUCUCCUAGAGGGCGAUGCGCUCAAGGUUGAUCAAUCUGCCUUAACUGGUGAGUCUUUGCCGGUAAACAAGAACCCCGGUGAUGGGGUUUACUCGGGUUCUACCGUCAAGCAAGGUGAGCUCGAGGCCGUUGUUAUCGCUACUGGUGUUCACACCUUCUUUGGUAAAGCAGCUCACCUGGUCGAUAGCACCAACAACGUAGGCCACUUCCAGAAGGUAAUCUCACAAGCUUAUGACAAGCAUCAUUUGUGGUAUAUUCUUAACUUGUAUCUGAUGUGUGCACUGGGAUGGGAACUGAUUGAUCAGGUGCUGACCGCAAUUGGGAACUUCUGCAUAUGCUCAAUUGCAGUAGGCAUGCUAGUUGAGAUUGUGGUGAUGUAUCCGAUCCAGCGUCGAAAGUAUAGAGAUGGAAUUGAUAAUCUCUUGGUGCUUCUCAUCGGAGGGAUUCCUAUCGCCAUGCCAACAGUUUUGUCGGUGACAAUGGCUAUCGGGUCUCACCGGCUUUCUCAACAAGGAGCUAUUACAAAGAGAAUGACAGCCAUCGAGGAAAUGGCAGGAAUGGAUGUACUCUGCAGUGACAAGACUGGGACACUUACUCUAAACAAGCUUACUGUAGACAAGAGCAUGGUUGAGGUAUUCACAAAGGAUGUUGACAAGGAAAUGCUUCUGUUACUCGCGGCAAGGGCCUCAAGGGUUGAAAAUCAAGAUGCUAUUGAUGCCUGCAUUGUUGGAAUGCUAGGUGACCCCAAGGAGGCAAGAGAGGGUAUCACAGAGGUCCAUUUCUUCCCUUUUAACCCAGUUGACAAGCGUACAGCCAUGACAUACAUCGAGUCCGAUGGCAGUUGGCAUCGAGUCAGCAAAGGUGCACCAGAGCAGAUCAUUUCUCUCUGCGACCUUCGAGAUGAUGUGAAGAAGAAGGCUCAUGAUAUUAUUGAUAAAUUUGCUGAUCGUGGACUUCGUUCUCUUGGUGUGGCUAGACAAACUGUUCCUGAGAAAACCAAGGACAGCCCGGGGAGUCCAUGGGAAUUUGUGGGCCUUUUACCUCUUUUUGAUCCUCCUAGACACGACAGCGCGGAGACGAUUCGUCGCGCACUCCAUCUUGGUGUGAAUGUCAAGAUGAUUACCGGUGAUCAGUUGGCCAUUGGUAAGGAAACCGGUAGGAGGCUGGGCAUGGGAACCAACAUGUAUCCAUCAUCUGCUCUCCUGGGCCACAAUAAAGAUGAAAAAGUUGACACAAUCGAUGUGGAUGAGCUUAUUGAAAAGGCUGAUGGCUUUGCAGGAGUUUUCCCAGAGCACAAAUAUGAGAUUGUGAAGAGGCUACAAGAAAGGAACCACAUUUGUGGCAUGACUGGAGAUGGAGUGAAUGAUGCACCAGCCCUUAAGAAGGCAGACAUUGGAAUUGCUGUGGAUGACGCAACCGAUGCAGCUCGAAGUGCAUCGGAUAUAGUAUUAACAGAGCCUGGACUAAGUGUGAUUGUUAGUGCUGUUCUAACAAGCAGAGCCAUUUUUCAGAGAAUGAAAAACUAUACCAUCUAUGCCGUUUCCAUCACUAUCCGUAUCGUGCUGGGUUUCAUGCUCCUUGCUCUUAUUUGGAAGUUCGAUUUCUCCCCCUUCAUGGUUUUGAUCAUUGCUAUACUCAAUGACGGAACUAUUAUGACCAUCUCCAAGGACAGGGUUAAGCCAUCUCCUAUGCCUGACUCAUGGAAGCUCAAGGAGAUCUUUGCCACCGGCAUUGUUCUCGGAACCUACCUUGCUUGCAUGACUGUUGUUUUCUUCUGGGCUGCUAACGAUUCCGACUUCUUUUCGGAUAAGUUUGGGGUAAAAUCCAUCCGGUACAGUCAAGAUGAGCUUACAGCCGCUGUGUAUCUCCAAGUGAGUAUUGUGAGUCAGGCACUCAUCUUUGUGACUCGUUCUCGGAGCUGGUCUUUUAUCGAACGUCCCGGUCUCCUUCUAGUGGUUGCCUUCAUUCUAGCACAACUGGUGGCUACUGUCCUUGCCGUUUAUGCAAACUGGGGAUUCGCUAGAAUUAAAGGCAUCGGGUGGCCUUGGGCUGGUGUUAUUUGGCUCUACAGUAUAGUUUUCUACAUCCCACUUGAUGUUCUCAAGUUCUUAAUCCGGUAUGCCUUAAGUGGAAAGGCCUGGGAUAAUCUCCUUCAGAAUAAGACUGCUUUCACAACAAAGAAGGAUUAUGGAAGGGAAGAGAGGGAGGCACAAUGGGCCACGGCGCAACGAACCCUUCAUGGAUUGCAGGCUCCCGGAGCUGAAGAAAUCUUGAAUGAGAAGAGCAGCUACCGAGAGUUAUCGGAGAUCGCCGAACAAGCCAAGAAGCGUGCUGAAGUUGCAAGGUUGAGGGAGCUUCAUACCCUGAAAGGGCAUGUUGACUCAGUUGUGAAACUCAAAGGACUUGACAUUGAGACCAUCAACCAAAACUACACUGUAUGAGAAAUGCAGGGCUGAACAUUGCAAAUUAGCGAUAUCCAAUUUUUUUUUCUUUAUUAGUUGUUUCUGUAAUAACAGAGUGGCAAUAUAAAACACAGGCUUCAUUUAGCUGGUUCUUGUUGUCCGUAUCAAUGUAAUAAAGAAAAUUUUUUCUUCCAUUUAAUGAUUGAAGGAAUCUUUCAUUAAUUCCGUAUA